UGUGGGCGUGUCCAAUUUUGUUAGGUUGCGCUGGACCUCGCUCAUCAACUUUUGCUAUUAAAAAAGCCUUGUCUGAAGAUAGUUAGCUAGCUACAUAACAUAUUCAUUUUAAAGCGCGUCUAUUGUCGUAUGCAGGCCGUUUCUGCUUUAUGAGAUUCAGAUUGGAAUUUGAAGUCGUUCGCAACUUAACGUCCUUAUUUGCGGCUGGUCGUGCUGGCACACAGGACGGCGGAAAGCUAGCUGGUAAUGCUGCAGGGCUAACUUUCCCCUUCUCCAAAGCAAGCGGCUAGCUUGCGAUAGAUUGUCUGUCUGACGAUACUUUCGCUGACUACAAAAGGCUCCCAGCAUGCUGAUGGUGGGAGGCAAUGGACGGUUGCACUAGAAUGAGUGUAAAGGAGCUGUGUGAGACCGAUGACCUGGCCACGGCUUUGGUGCUGGACCCUCUGCUGGGCUUCAGCACCCAUAAAAUGAACAUCAGUCCACCACCGGAGAUCCGACGAUGGGGUAACCUCAAAGAAACUCUAUUGCGCUUUCAGCGUACACAUGACUUCAAUGCUACAUUUGAAUCGCUGACAGUGGGAGAGCUGGCUGGUGACUACUUUAAUGCUUUGGGAAUCCAUCGGCAAGAGCUGCUGAGACAACAUGUGUAUCGCUACCUUAGUGCCUUCCUGCUAGACAGUGGUGUCAAGAUAGAGUCCUGUGACAGAUACUCCUCAGAGACCAAUGGGGCAAAGAUAACAUCAACAAGGCACUGGUUUGUAGGAGAGCGGGUGGAGGUCCUGUUGGGCUGUAUAGCAGAGCUGAGUCCUGCAGACAGCGCUGUGCUGAGGGCAGGAGUUAAUGACUUUAGUGUGAUGUAUUCUACACGUAAGCGCUGUGCUCAGCUCUGGCUCGGGCCUGCAGCUUUCAUUAACCAUGAUUGUAAACCAAACUGCAAGUUUGUCCCUGGUGAAAAGAAUAUUGCUUCUGUUGAGGUGAUUCGACCGAUCUCACCUGGGGAGGAGAUCACGUGUUACUAUGGUGCCAGCUUUUUUGGUGAAGGCAAUGAAAUGUGUGAAUGCUGCACCUGUGAGAGGAAUGGAGAAGGCCACUUCAGGCACAGAGGGAAGCAGCCUGAAUGUGAAGAAACAAAGGACACUGUGGGGCAAAAGUACCGCCUAAGAGAGCGUUUUCUUCGUCAUCAGAAAGAGAAGGGCCACUUUCCUACACUGCCACUACCAGCAAUACACUCAGGUAUCUUUAAAGCCAUCCCCUCAAGGAAUUCCUUUACCCAGCAGAUGAGGAGAAAUGCAUUGAAGAAUAGAAAACUGAGUCAAACAAAGAAGUGGAGACGAGAAAAGCACAGAAGGUCAGGAAAGCACCCAUUGAAAUCUUCCACAGUAAAACGGCAUUGGACAUUUCCGCUUUCAUCCCAAGUCACGUUGAGGGACCUCACCAUCAGAGUGCGGCGCCACUCAGUGGAUUUCUUAAUCAAGUGUAAAGAUCCAAAAAGCAAAGAGAGGUCCUUGCUGCAGCAACUAGAAGUAAAUCCCAAUUCUAACAGGCCAAAUAAGCUAAAUUUGACUAGCGAAGAAAAUAACAAUAGCGAGGUAAACUUAAAGCCUUUCACUUUAGAUUCAUCAAUGUCACUUCAGCAAAAAAGUAAACCUGCACUAAGUAGUGCAGGCCUUAACAGCAAGUCUGUCAAAGUUGUGGACAAGCGGGCAGUUCAAGUGAGGACGUCUUCACGGACAAGGAGCUUGGUUCACCCCUCUCUUACACCAAACGAACAAACAAGGUCCAGUAAUGCAGCUACUGCCACAGCUGUUUGCAACCCUGUCGUGAUUGACAAAAUUGUCAGUGCAAUAAAGAAAGAGAAGAAUGAAGAAGAAUCCACAGAAAGUCAAUACAACAGUUCCAAUGACACAGCUCAACAUCGACCUGCAGAACAAACUGAGAAGACCAGAGCUUCAUCCCUUUUGUCCAAGUCAUCUUGUCAGAGUGCAACAGAUGGCUCAAAGAAAGCUGGGGACAACUCUCUCAUACCUUUGAAGCAAUACCUUACAGUCAACCUAACAAGGUUGCCACUGCCACAAAAUGUAGAGGCAGAAAUAUCCUCUGAAGACAGGGAAGUGAGAGGGCAGGUGAGAGGACGAAGCAGGUUGAGCCAGUGUCCUAGAUCGGCAGCUCUGACAGUACAGUCGGAAAAAAAACUGUCCAGCUCACAGCAGAGGAAGAGGGGAGGUUCAGGGGUCUGCACAGUUAAAGGUAACAGGGGGGUCAGGGAAAUGUUUUUCAAAGCCAUCAGUAAAGUAAAUGCAAGACAACAACAAGCAGGUGAAAGUGGAGGUGAUGUAUCACAGAUUGAGAAAAGGGGGCAUAACAAAGUUAUUAAAAUACAAAAAGGACGUAGGCAAAAAGUCCAGCAGGUUAGUGCGAGAGCUAAAACAGAGGAGAAAGAAAAAAAUGCUGCGCCUGCUCACGUCGAACUAGAAAAUAACAAAUUAUUUGAAGAAGUGAAAGAGAUUGACUGUACGAUGUUGUCUGAUGAGAAAAUGACGUGUCAAAGUAGCACACAGGAUGUCAAAACAUGCACCACAGCUUGUAGGGAUGAUGAAGCUGUUAAACUACCAGCGCAAAUAGAGAUGAGUGUAAGUAAACAACCAGAAAGUCAUGAUCAAGAAGAAAUUGUCAUCAAGGAAGCACACGUGCUGCUAUCUGAUAUUUUAAGGAAGGAUAAAUCCAUAGUGGAUAAGAGAUUACAGGAAGAUGUUGUGGGGACAGAGGCCUCUACUUCUGCACCUGAAGAAAUGCAAGGUGAGCUGGAGAAAACUGAACCGCCUGAAAUAAACAGAAGCAGGUAUCCUCAUUCAAUUCGAAGGAGGAUUAUGAGAAGACGAAAGAUGAGACGGAGAAUAGUGAAAAGCAAAGCUAAGCAAAGCAACACCGUGAGCAAUUAUGUUUCAGGAACUGGGAAGACAGAGUCAACUGACAGUAGUUUGGAGCCUAACCUUUCUCAGAGGCAUGACCCACUGACCACGACCCUCAGCACACUACCUCAUGAAUCAGUAAUUGCUGAAAACACUACAACUAAUGUUCCUCAAGAUACCAGUUCACAGGCACACAUUCAGUGCAACAUACCUCUGAAGAAACGUAUGUUUCGCAAUUCGGUAGAAAUAGAACCUAAGCAUGGUUUAAAUUUAGCUUUAGAUCAAAUUUCUAAAGAAGCCAUUUCAGAUUCAUCAGUCCUGAGGCAGGACCUCACCCAGUGUACAGAGGUGGAUAACAAAGGGAGGAGAAAGACUAAAAUUAGGCAUAGAAGAACAGAGCUCCAGAGGUUGACCUGCAAAAGGACCCCCCAAAAAAACUCCUUUAGCAGAAUGCUUCGAUCCAAAGUCCACUUGCUAAGGAAAGCUCAGAAAUGCAAACUAGAGCGGCAAGGUGAGGAUGACCUCAGCAAGCUGCAGAAGCUAAAGAGUGAUGAGCUUGCAGAUGGCAAACAAUCUGAGGAUUUCGUUACAGAUCUGCACCACAGCGUGGAAAAUACAACUCCAAACAGCUCUCAAAAAAAAGACGAUGUCGAAAUGUCCGAUUUGGAGGAGAUCAAGCCAGACCUCAAUUUUAAGAUUCGUUUUAAAAGGCAGAGGGGGAAGGUAUGGGAGAUGCAAAGUGGCGGUUCUGAACAUGUGGGGUUAAAAGUGGAAAAACGAGAGGAGUUGGAAUCUUGCGAUCCCUUUAAAGCUAUCAUGGAUUCUGUAUCUGUUUUAAACAUGGAGAUGGAGGCAGCCCAGGCUCAUGUUCUGGCUUGUAAAAGCAAAAAGUCGAAGAGGAAAUUGCGUCAUUUGAAAGAGACAGGUGAGAGGCUGAGUGAAGGGCAAGCUCAAACCAAGUCUUCUGACAAAGGCCACAAAGAUGUUGAAAAUAAGUGUGAAUUUAGUGAACCCAAAAUAGAAAUUAAGUAUAAGCUUAAUAAAGAACCUCAGUUUGAAGUCAAAUACUUGCCAGAUAAAGUCAAGAGUCAGAAAAUUCAAAGUGACACUUUAGUUGCAAACCAAGAAACAAAAAUUGAAGAUCGUUUUUUACAGAAUUGCUGUAAGUUUGAAGGUGGUUCACAGCAAAAACAGGAGCCUGAACUGGACUUCAAUGGUCUUCCAUUACCAGUAAUUAAAUUACGCAGAAAAAUGGAGGAUAUUUGGGAGGUCGAUGACAAGGAGGAACUCCCACCAGCUGACUUUAAAAUGGAGCCUAAAGUCAAGAAAGAAACUAAAGGAUUUGUUUUAGGGAAACAAAAGAAAAGGAGCCUUGACUUUAACAAAUUGAAAGAAUGCCCAUCUGUUACUAAAACAGAACCACCGCCAUUUUCCUUGUCUCUGUCACCACUGUCUCUGUCUUCCCCUCUUAAUGACAGUAGGCCAGAAGGUCUUCCCCCGGGUGUGGAUGGAAUGACUGAAAUGCCAGAGAUGAACAGUGAAGUACAGAAACCGAGGCAUAAAAUGGAGAGAACACGCAAGUUUGGGCCCGUUGAAGCGCCCACCACUUGUCUUAGUCACACUCUCCAACAAAUUGACAACAGCCUCUCUAGGCUCUCUGAGGGCUUGUGCUCAUCUCAAACAUUGGAAAAGCCCACAGCCUGUUCCACUGCUCCCAAUUCAGUCAUCCAGCCUCCAUCCCAAUCUCCUCCAUUCCCAACGGCAGAUAACAUGCUCCCCACGGAGCCCAACUUUACGAACUGCUGUGAUGAUAUUCUAGACUUUCAGUGUCUCAACUUUGAGGGUUAUUAUCAGCCACAGAACAUCCUUUCAUCAUCUCCAUCAGAUCUGUGUUCACUGGAACCACCUACAGACCCUUUCAGCAGUCCCCUAUCUCACAGCCCGUCUGAUACCUGGGCUGCUGAAACGCCGUACAUCGGCCCUCCCAGUCCAGGUAAUAACUUCAGUGAGGAUCUACAGUUUUUCCCAGUUCUGAUUCCUUCCAAAAGUGACUCUGUACCUCUGGAAUGUGAAGCGAAGGAUACCUCCAAAGACAGAGUGUCCCAUAACCCCAACUAUAACUUUUCCAGCUAUGGCAACUCAGACUCGACACCUAGGGAUCGAAUUUUAGGUAAAAAUCCAGCGAUGCGUUUAUCCAAAGAAGAUCCCAAAAGUCAGUCCUUACCUGUAGUCAGCAAGCCUCGGUUGUUUGGCACAGCAUCAUCUUUCAUAUCUUCUUCUCAGUAUCCUGUAUCUUUGACCCAGCCCUCCAACAUCAAGCCUAUCACCAGCCAGUCAAAAUCCCACACCAACCUUAAAACCCAGGGCCCCUUCCAUCGGAUGACUAUUCCCACCAAAUCCCAGCCUUUUCCAAGUGGUCAGCCAAACACGCUUAGAGGAGUGUCCCAGAGUUGCUUGUCAAAGUCGGUCCCAUCAUCUCAAAUGCCCAGCAAAUUCCUCUCCCCUCCACUUUUUACUGUGAAAAAUUCCAAUCCUCCUGACAAUCCAUUUAACUUCCACGAGAAGAACUCUUCGGUUAUUCACAGGGUGCUUAAGUUUCAGGGAGGGAACCAGAGUCAGAAUUUGUACAGUGCACCCUGUAAAGCCAAUACAGAUGCGGGCAGUCCCAGUGUCGUGUCCAGAACAUUUGGUUCAAAAUUAGGGGCUAAUCCGAAGACCCAGGAAAGUCCGAAUCUUGGUAUUCAUGCAGAUGGUCAAAGUAAAGGCAACAUCUCUGUCCAAGGGUUUGAAAAGAAUGUUGGCUGUCUAGCUUCGUCCAGCAACUCCAACAGGUCCAAUCUAGAUUUCACCAAACCAAACUCUUCUUUCUCUCAUUCGUUUAGUAAAAGUAAGGUGACAUCCAAUAAACUUGAAAGUGGUGAACCCGUGACAUACAGAAACUUUUCUACUCUGCCAAGAACAUUUUUCUUCCCUAGCAAGGUGUCUGAGGGUUAUUCAUCACCAGAAAAGAGACAGGACAGAUCCACCCCAUCAACCUCAAACAAAAGCCAGCAAUGUUAUCCUCAGCAAGACAAUUUUGAUUUUAGCUUUGGCUCCUCUCUCUCGUCGAUGACUCAGCAUAACAGCCCCCACGUUGUCCAUAGUACACCUCCUGGCACUCCAGCACCACCAAACAGGAGCCAGUCUUCAACGUCGUCAGCCUCAUUCCCCUAUGGCUAUCAAGGUCCUCCCUACGUAUUUAACAUCACUGGAGAUCAUUCGUUGACCCUGGGUCUCAGGGACGGGGCCGAGGGUUGUCCCGGUCUAGGCUCGGCAAACUACACCUACCAUUGCCUGAUGGAGCCAUCAGGCACACAAGGGCGACUGGUUCUCGAGCCCUGUGGGCCCCAGCUUUCAAACCCAGCAUCUUUCUCCUUAGGUGGAUUUUCAGGGCUCAAAAGUCAGGACGAGCACUGCAGGAAGGACAUGCAGCAGCAGCAACAACAACAGCAGCAGCAGCAGCAGCAGCAGCAGCAGCAGUGUCAUCCUGGGGAACACCAAGGAGUUCCACACUACGCAUCUGUUAAUACAGGUCACUCCAUGGGUGCUACGAAACCCAAGCGGGUGCGGUUAGUGGUGACAGAUGGCACCGUAGACUUGGAUCUCCAGUACUCGGACUGAUUCAUACCUGCUGUUGUCGGUGCAUCUCAGAUUACAUCAGGGAGGCUUUUCCCACAAGAGAUUAUCUCCUGCAAAAUGUUUUUCUAAACACUGUCAUUCAUAAGAUGCCAGUGAUUAAAGCUUACUGACUGACACUUUUCUGAAAUGUUAUUUUGAUGGACUGUUAAUGUAUAAUAACUUGUAAAAGAUUAUAUGUAAAGUGGAUUUUUCAGUGUGCUUUAACUACUGUCCACAUUUUUUAACUAUUAGCUACAACUCUGCUGAGAAUACCAAAUGUAAAUGCAUAAAUGAUGCAAAGCAUUAAAUAUAUUUGUGAAUAGGCCCUGUAAACUUUGAAAGCCCCCUAAUUGAACUGUAAAAUAGCUGUAUAAAUCUUUCUAUACUGUAUAUGGCAGUAGAGGCAGGAGAACCAUCAUUAGUUGCUGGUCUUUGAUAUUUUCUUGUGACUUUUUAAAUGCACCUGUUGAAACGAUCCUUGUUUUUUUACUCACAAUAAGGCAUUUUUUUUUCAGCGUGUGUGUGUGCACUCACGUGUGUGACAGAGACAGUGUGCGCAUUCAUGCAUUUGAUAGGCAGGUCUUGAAGCAAAGUGAGGUGUGUUGUUGUACUUGUGACUGUUGCAUAACGUCAUUAGUGCAUAAGUGAAAAGCGUGUGCAUCGAUGUGUACAGUAAAAUGAUUUACAGACCCCCCUCUCUCCCCACACACACACAAACAACUCUAGUCGAACAGCAGCAUUUCACAGCUGCUUUUGUUGAGCACAUGCUGUACCUGGAUAAGUGAAUGGGAUAAAUGGCAAUAUGUAUUUCUUUAAAGCUGCUUGUAUGUAAUGAGUUGAAGGGCAGUUUAACAUGGGAUCUUUUAAUAGUUUUAAAUAUCGCAAUGCUUCAUCAAAUAAGUGACAAUCUUUUCACAAAGCAACUCACAUUUGUUAUUUGGUCCUUUUAUUGAAGGUAAGAGCAGAAGUGGAGGUUGUGAAUCACCUCAAGUAGUUGCUGAUAGUUGAUUUUGAUAGAGUUGCACAGGUGUUUACAUUGUGAUGGUGAUCUUUUGUAGGUUGUGGAGGCCUCAUGAGUACAGUUGUAAUGUAUUGUAAGUAAAACCCUUUUGACAGUUUGACAGCAGUGUUCAGUGUGACUGCACAUCCAUAUGCUACUAUGAAACUUUUUUGUAAUGGAAAGGCCAAUUAUUUAUUCUAAAAUCCUCAUUCCUGAAAUGGUGCUUUUAAUGUAAUUUAUACUUCAAACUGAUUGUUCAAAAAAUGUAAAUGUUUUAUUAUUUAAUGGAGAAUAAUGGUGAACAGAAUAUUUGCAUUAAGUAUUUAAUUUCAAAGGUUUUGUCCUCUUAUCCAGUCUUUCAGCCGUGACAGGUGACACAUUCUGUCUUUUUACUAAUUGACAGUUAAUCUUUACUGAAAGUCUGCUGUAGAAAUGUACAAAUGUAGCUUAUAUCAUUAAAGACAUUCUUUUUCAUAUUUUCUCUUAUUCUUCUUUUUUUCCUAAGCUCCAGCAAAUUGUGACGCAAAAAUCUAAAAAGAAUGAAUAAAGCGUAAUCUGUGUAUUACUUAACCUAU